AUGAAUAUGAAUAUGUCAGUGAUCCGCUGUAUCUGUGGAUUAGUGAUAACUCCACAAACUAUUGUGUCUACGAUAUUAAGCUUGUUUAAGCGAUUAAACACUGAAACAGAUAUUAAAUCUAAAAAUACAGUAUAUGAAGCAGAUUUGGUAUGCAAAUUACUUUUCAAUGGAAGACUAUUAAGUAUUGUGGAUGCUCUAGAACAGAAGAUUUAUUCAAAAUACAUUUUCGGAAUAACAAAUCUAGCAGAUACCGAACGAAUUAUCGAUGAUCAUACCAGGAUUCGUAAACGUAUUUUGGGUAUUAUCAUUGAUCAAGAUGAUGAAAAUCCAAAAUUUUUUGACGGUACACCAGCCGAUUAUGCACUUUAUACUGCACUAACUUCAAAUAUCUCAUAUUCUUUUCCUUCACCGUGUAUUGCCUUUACAGAAACAGGUUUGAUAAGCUUUGUAAGCUGUAGUGAAAAUUGGGAAGAAAUAACUUGCAAAGUACCCGCCAAUACGUAUGUUGCAGCAGUUGAAAGAAAAUUGGCUUCUUCUCUUCCAUCGUUUAUUAGUCUAAUGUACAGGCACGAUAUGAUUCGUUUAAUUGGACGUUUGUUGCACCUGAAUAAAAAAGAUUACUACGAGCUAGAAAGAACAGUUUCACAACAAUCUUGUAAGUUUGAAGCCUGA